AUGCAGCGUAGCGGAGGAGGAGGUCUCAGCAGCAGCAGCAGCAGCAGCAGCAUUGGAGGAGGCGGAGGAGGCAGCAGCAGCGCAGCAACAGGAGCAGCAGGAGUGAAGGUACCGAGCUAUAAGACAGUGCUUCUGGGAGAUGCCUCUGUAGGUAAAUCUAGCUUAGUAAUUCGCUUUGUAAAAAAUACUUUCUCUAAUGCAAUGGAGACAACAAUAGGAGCAGCGUUCUUCGCUCACACAAUAGAAGUAGACGGUAAGGCAGUAAAAUUUGAGGUCUGGGAUACAGCAGGACAAGAAAGAUUUUCUUCUCUAGCACCAAUGUAUUAUAGAGGUGCUGCUGCUGCUGUUGUAGUGUAUGACCAGACCAAUGGUCUAUCUUUUGAAAGAGCUCAGAUGUGGGUGCAGCAGCUGCAGUUAAGCGGAAACCCUGAGAUUGUUAUAGCAUUAGCAGCAAAUAAAGCAGAUAUAAGUAAUAAACAAGUAGAUAUUGCUGCGGCAAAGCUCUAUGCAGUAGAGAACCAGCUUCUCUUCUUAGAGACAUCUGCACGUACAGGCCUCAAUGUACAGCAACUCUUUCAAAUGAUGGCGAGGAGAUUGCAGCAAAUUAAACCAAAUAAACAACAACAUUCAGGUGUACAGACACUUAAACUUACUGCAGACGAACCCAAUAGCGCUAACAUGCAGACUUCUCUUUCGUCCAGAGUUGGGUGCUGCAGCUCUUCUUGA